UCCAGCAAAGACUUUCGCCGUGGAGUGGCUUGACUUGAGAUUAACCAGGGAAUCUUGAUAAUGAUGAAUUCUGAAAAUGAUUUCACAACAGAAAACAGCUCUUUGCAUCUGGAGAGAGGAAAAGAAAAUAAUGCCACCAGUGUCCACUUUGAAACACAUCAUGAAGGGUCCCUCCAGGUACCUGUCCCAUGUGCUGUCAUGAAUGUGGUUUUCAUCACCAUUUUAAUCAUAACUCUCAUUGCCUUAUCAGUGGGCCAAUACAACUGUCCGAGCCAGUAUGAGUUCCGUGUUUCUUCGUGCCCAGAUGACUGGGUUGGCUACCAGAAGAAAUGCUACCUUUUCCCCACUGUAACAAAGAGCUGGACCUCGGCUCAAGAUGCUUGUUCCAAACAUGGUGCUACUCUUGCUGUCAUUGAUUCUGAAAAGGACAUGAUCUUCCUAAAACGACAUGUGGGUGGAACCGAACACUGGAUUGGACUGAAAAAUGAAGCUGAUCAGACAUGGAAAUGGUCAGAUGGCAAACAAUUUAACAACUGGUUCAACCUUACGGGAUCUGGAAACUGUGCUUUUCUGAAAAGCACAGAGGUCAACAACAGAGAAUGUGAAAAGAAUUUACACUGGAUAUGUAGCAAACCCUGUCAAUAAUGAGGAAACGUACUUACUUACAGACUAUUACAGCAUGGAACUAAAGGAAAUCUGUAUCAAUGGACGUUGCUCUAUAGUCAGAACUUUUCCACACAGACUUUAUGCCAAAACUUUGUAUUACCUUGGAAAUAUUCUUUCAAAGAGGACUUUUGUAAAAAAGGAAAGAAAUUCCAGGACAAUUUGCAUUGUGGACUUUUUUCUAUCAUGAGCUGAAAACAUCACAGAUUGACUGAUAAUGAUGGCCAAGAAUAAGAAGAAUGACUAUAAAACCUUUCAGAUGCACUUUAUAUAUAUUCUUUUUUUAAAUUCAGAAAUAGUAAAAUAACUAGGUUUAGAGUUAUUAUUUAUUGUUGAAUGACUACCAAAAAUAAGCAUCCUUCAUGCAUUUGCACUAUUUGAAGGAGUUAAACAGUGGUACUAAAAACUGCAUGUAAACAAAGGAAAUUGUGAAUUCUGACGUGUUCAACUCAGGAAGCAUUUAUAAGUAGACAAAUGCUUAUGAAACUAAGCUUUGUAAUAUUUCUCACUUUUUGGAGAAAUGUGCCAAGUUACUUGUUAUUUUCUUCUCCCAAAGAGUGGGAUAAUUAUGUAUUUUUUCACAUCCUCAAUUGUAGACUGGUUCUUUUUCAAUAGUAUGUAUUUCUUUGCCUUUGAAACCUUCUAUACAGUGUUUUAGAGAAAAAGCAAAAGCAAAGAAUAUGAAGAUAUUUGUAAAGCAGACAAAAAGUGUUGGAAAAUGUGCAAUAUGUGAUGUGGCAAAUCUCUAUCAGGAAAUAUUCUGUAUUAUUCAAACCUAGAAUAAUACUAGUCAUAACUGAUAAUAAGUUUGUGACUUUCAUAAUCAAUUCUAACAUGUGCAAUACUUCAUUUUAAGUGUUUUUUAUGUGCAAUAAGUGUGUCUGUUUGUAUUUUGUAUUUUGUACAAUUAUAAGCUGCUUUUAUGUUUG